GUGAUAUAAGAGCCUGGAGGGACGGGGCCCCUUCUUCUUCUCACGGGGCCACCAUCACUCCUCCAUCGUUCACUCUCAGCUCUGCCGACUGUGAUAUCAGAAAUGGUGGUUGGACGGGCAGGAUUCAAAUUCCAGAACUGGGCACAGACCUACGGAUCGAACCCAGAGCUCUACUUCCAACCAACAUGUGCAGAGGAAGUGAAAGAGAUUCUGGAUCUCGCCCGACAGAGGAGCAAGAGAGUGAAAGUGGUGGGAGGUGGACACUCCCCAUCGGAUAUCGCCUGUACAGACGACUUCAUGAUCCGAUUGGAUAAAAUGAACAAAGUUCUGAAGGUAAAACGAUCUUCAACAUACAGUAAAAUCGUCAUUGGUUGGCUGUUGUCUGAUCCGCACAGUGUCAUUGCUUUACAUUCAUUGUCCGCGCCACGCAUCGGCGCGGUGUCAGAGGUGGCGGCGGCCGGCGUCAUUGGAACGGGGACUCACAAUACCGGGAUCAGUCACGGCAUCCUGCCGACUCAGGUGUUGUCGCUGACAAUGAUGACGGCGUCGGGGGAAAUUCUGGAGUGUUCGGAGUCGGUGAACGCCGACAUCUUCCAGGCGGCCCGUCUGCACCUGGGCUCCCUGGGGGUCAUUCUGAACCUCACUCUGCAGUGUAGAUCCGCCUUCCGCCUGCAGGAGAUCCAGUUCUCUUCCCCGUUACAACAGGUCCUUGAUAAUCUCGACAGCCAUUUAAAGGCUUCAGAAUACUUUCGCUUCUACUGGUUCCCACACACGGAAAAUGUCAGCGUCUAUUAUCAGGACCCCACAGACAAGCCUCCAUCUUUCAAAACCAGUUGGUUCUGGGACUGUUUUGUGGGAUAUUACCUGCUGGAGCUCCUCCUCUGGAUAAGUACUUUCAUAUCAAGCCUGGUCCCCACAAUAAACCGAUUCUUCUUCUGGCUGCUGUUCAGCGGUAGAAGCGAGCGUGUGGACAUCAGCUACAAAGUCUUCAACUUUGACUGUCGCUUCAAACAGCAUGUGCAAGACUGGGCCAUCCCCAUAAAAAAGACCUCGGAAGCGUUAAUGCAGCUGAAAUCCUGGCUGGAGAAGAACCCGCAUGUGGUGGCCCAUUUUCCGGUAGAGGUCCGCUUUGCCCGAGGAGAUGAUAUUUUAUUGAGCCCAUGCUACAAUCAAGACAGCUGCUAUAUGAACAUCAUUAUGUACAGGCCAUAUGGAAAAGAUGUCCCACAUGGAGAAUACUGGCUAGAAUAUGAGCAGAUUAUGAAACGUGUUGGAGGACGACCCCACUGGGCUAAGGCUCACACUUGUACCCGUAAAGACUUUGAGAAGAUGUAUCCUGCGUUCAACAAAUUCAAAAACAUCAGAGAGAAGCUUGACCCGACAGGGAUGUUCCUCAACGCUUAUCUGGAAAAAGUCCUCUACUGAAAAAUG